GAGAGUAAUAUGGACGGAACUAAAAGACUUCACCUUUGUCCGUGUCGUUUCCAUCGGCCAAGGUGUAUUGCCAAGAUUUGACUCUGGCCUGAAGCAGCUGUGAAAAGGCAUAUCCGAGACCAGAGAGCAUGGAGAGUUCAAACUUUUCCCACUCCACGGGCUUCAACAGUAGCGAUGACAUCAGCACCAGCCUCCUCUCUGGGAGUCCGUAUACGACUGUGGAGAUGGUGCUCAUCAUCCUCGUGGCCAGCUCGCUGAGUCUGGUCACUAUCAUCGGCAACAUCCUGGUCAUGCUCUCAAUAAAGGUUAAUAGGCACCUGCAGACCGUCAACAACUACUUCCUGUUCAGCCUGGCCUGUGCAGACCUCAUCAUUGGCUUCUGCUCCAUGAACCUCUACACUGUUUAUAUUGUGAUUGGCCACUGGCCCCUCGGAGCGGUUGUGUGUGACCUGUGGCUGGCUGUUGAUUACGUCGUCAGCAAUGCCUCAGUCAUGAACCUGCUGAUCAUUAGUUUUGACCGUUACUUCUGUGUCACCAAGCCCCUCAGCUACCCGGUGCGGCGCAGCACCAAAAUGGCCGGCCUGAUGAUCGCUGCGGCCUGGGUGCUGUCCUUCAUCCUAUGGGCACCAGCCAUUCUGUUCUGGCAGUUCAUUGUUGGCGGGAGAACUGUGCCCACCGGUGAAUGCUACAUCCAGUUCUUCUCAAACGCAGCGGUGACAUUCGGCACGGCCAUUGCAGCUUUUUACCUGCCGGUGGCCAUCAUGAUUGUGCUCUACUGGCGCAUCUCCAAGGCCAGCCGCAGCCGUGUGAGGAGGAACAGCAGGAAGACCUCUGGGACCAGUCUCGGGGAGGGGCCCUCGCACAGUCAGGAGGAGGGAUGUGAGAGCCAGAACAACUGCAUCGCGACUAGGGAAGAAGGGAAGGAACAGGGGAAUGUGAGGGAGACGGAAAAGUUGCAGCAUCAGAAUGGAAACGGCCCCUGCAAGGAAGAAAGAAUAGACCAGGAGGGCUCCACUAAUGACAGCUCCAUGACGGUCAGCAUGCCUGCUUCAUCAUCUAAACAGGGGGAGGAGGAGGAGACGACAUCAGCCCCCCCUGCCCUACCACAGAGAAGACUGAAUGGCAAGAGAAAGGCAAACCAAACGCAGCCUUCUGCCCAGCAAGGAGCCACAGGUUGUGGGCCUAAACUCUCUUGCAUCAGAAACCCCACCCAGACCGGCCCGAGCACCUUCGCAGAGACUUCAGCCACCGAGAGACAGAACCUGGUCACAAGGACGCUGUUCAAGGUAACGAAGCGGAGUCCGGUGACAAAAUCUAAAAAGAAAGGCACUUCUUCCAGGGAGAAAAAGGUGACUCGCACAAUCAUGGCCAUCCUGGUUGCCUUCGUUGCCACGUGGACACCUUACAACGUGAUGGUCCUGAUCAACACCUUCUGCUCCACCUGCAUCCCCAACUCGCUUUGGACCAUCGGCUACUGGCUGUGCUACAUCAACAGCACCAUAAACCCGGCCUGCUACGCCCUCUGCAACACCACCUUCAAAAACACCUUCAAACACCUGCUGCUCUGCCAGUACAAGAAAAUACGCUCAGCACGAUGAGGGCAAACGGGCACAAAAGUUUCAUUUUGAAUUAUGGUUAUGACCGAGUGCAGGUAAUGUCAUUCAGGAUCUGUAGUUAUGAGCUGUUGUUCAUCUUUAAAAAUGAGAUGGGGUAAAUAUCAGAUCAAACAUAUCAUUGAAAUAUAGAUUAGGCUUGUUCUUAUGGUGCACUCAGUUUCUAUUGCAAUGAUAGAACCGCUUUCCAUUUUCAUCAAAACUGAAAACAAUGUGUUUUAGAUGCAUAAAUGUACCACAAACUUAGGUUUUAGUCAUUCUAAACAAUAAGGAAUUAUACUGGCUCUGUAAUAUUCAAGACAAGUACAUUCUUGUGGAAAUGCAUUUUAUUGUGUAAAGUAUAUUUGAUGCUGGGUAUAGUGUGUCUACAAGAUUCUGUGUCAUUCGGGGGUUUCCUUUGAAAGGAUGUUUUCCUCUGGGCUCUUCUUCUGUGAGCUUGUGGGCAUCACAGCAUUGAUUAGUGUGCAAACUGCCUGACUGGUGUAGCUUUUUGCACCAACGUUAAAUGGUGGUUCAUGUGAUGGUUCUGUGUCCAAGGUUUUAAGUCCUAACUAGGUGAAGGAUCAGUAUUGAAAGUACUCCUGUCAGUGCAGAGAAAGGAUGAGAGAGGGUCAUGUCCUGUAGAAAAAAAAAAAAAAAAAUGACAUGAGUGACAUCACUAUGCACUAUUGUAAACGAGCUCAUAAAAAUCAACAUGGAGCUAUGAAGCAAGGAGAUUUAAAAAAAACAUAUCCAAAUGAAACCUUUUGAAAAUAGUGGAAAUUUUUGUUAAAGUUGACUUAAAAAAAA